UGCGUGCUAACAGCGCAUGUUAGCAUGUUAGCAUGUUAGCUAAAACUCAUCAAACAACGUGAUUUUACAUUCAUUCCUCACCGCUACAGGAACCAUAUCGCACUAAUGGAGGUUAUUGGGUCAACAGAGAAAACAAACGAGCCCAGCCUGCCUGAGUCCUCCCUCCGCCUGCUGGUGCCUCCGCUGCAGCUGCUGUCUGCUGCCAUGUGGCAGCUGGUGAAGCAGAAAGAUGUGAUGAACUAUGAGAAGCUGCAGCAGUUUGUGUUCAUGGUGACUGAAGCUCUGCCUGGACUCAUCAACCACAGACAGAGGGCCCAGCUCAUCCUGGGCCUGAGAGCACGGUUGAUUCUGGAGCUGUGCAAAGGCUCGACCCGGGGUUCUGUUGACUCUCACGUCAUCCAGAGCUACUUGGAGAGACUCCCAAUAACCACAGACUACAGGGACACAGAGCUGAAAACAACAGAAUCCACUUUCAUUGCCCUGGUUCAGAGUCUGCUGAAAGAUCCAGUGGAGAGAGCGUAUUUCUUCCAGGAGGUGUUCCCAGUGGAAUAUGGGCCACAGUAUGAUGCAGCUCUGCACGUCUUAUUGUGGGAGCUGCUCUCUAAACUGGAGAAGCUGCUACCAGUACCAGACUUAAAGCAGACGGCGGCCUGGCUCGGCUCGGCUCCGUCGCUGCUGCAGGAAUGUGUUCAGUCGUCACCUGAAGAGCUGACUUUAAUCUUUGAGCACUACAAAAGUUCAGGACUACUGAAAAUGCCGUACGGCCCUUCUUCCACCAUCGGCAGCUGCAUCAUGUCUGCUCUAUCCAUUCCUCCCUCACAGAAGACAAACAUCUCUGUUGGCCUGGAAUCAAUCCACAACUAUGCUAACGUGCUGAACCCAGUAACGUUUGUUGGAGCGGACCAGUACAGCGUCGUAGCCGUCUACACUGAGGUGGAAGUGGGAGAAUCUGAAGUGGAGGAAGAGAUGAUGGAGUCAGCCGAGGUUCAGGUUCAAACAGACUUCUACGAGGAGGAGAUCGUGGCUGUUAGCGUAGAGAACAGCGGCGGCGAGGAGGCGACCAGCUUCAGAGCAGAAGAAACCAGUGAAACUGUGGAUGUGGCUAAAGCUCUGGAGACUCUGACCAAGACUUUUGCACUAAGAAAGGAGAGCCUUGGUCAAGAUGUUCUGACAGGAAAGAGCAAUGAUUCAUCUUUUAAUGAUGAGCUGAUGUCAGUGAACGCAUCAGAUGAAGGAAAAACACACGAAGGACAUAAAACAAGCGACCAAACUGACGAGAAAACAGAAAAUGUUGAAGAGACGAGGGAAACUUUUCAACCUGGAGGCUUAGAGAGCAGCGUGAACUCAGACCUGAAGGAUGACGGUGAAUCUUCUUCCAUCCAUGAAGAGAUGACAGACGUCCCCAGUGAGGAUCCGCUCUCUGAAACACAGCAGUCCUCUAGUUCUAACAUCCGCCGGUCCUCUCGUCUGCAGAUGAAGACCUCCCCCAGCGGGCAGCAGGAGACGAGUAAAGUCCAGAGGUCAUCCAGAGAAACCAUCGAAGAACCAAAAAUGAGCAGAGCUGAUGUAUCUGUUAUAGCCAUCAAAGGAGCUGACAAAGGCGAUUCAGACGAGAUGACUUCCAUUAUCUUCACCUGCUCACGGUGUCCGUUCCACAGCUCUGAUGACAGCAGCCCGCCUCACUUCCACAUGCAGAACGUCCACGCUGACGUGUACCGGAGUCUCUCAGGAGCCACGUUCACUCCUUCUCCUUCCAGCACAGAUGAGAUCUUCACAUCCAUUAAACUUUACCCCCGAGGAAGCAGCGAGCAGAGCGAGGCGGAUCAGAGCAGAGGGACUGUGGCUCCCAGCAGACAGAAGGCUCUGACCUGUGAGACCUGUGGGAAGACCUUCACCAGGUCCUCAGACGUGAGGAGACACCAGCUGACCCACACCGGAGAGAGACCGUUCCACUGCUCCCAGUGCGACCGCACCUUCCAGCACUCGUGGGAUCUGGCCAAACACGAGAGCAAACAUCACGGCGCCGCUGUUUCUUUCUCCUGCCGGCUGUGCGGGAGCUCCUUCGCUAACCUCAGAGCUCUAACCGUCCACCACAAGAAGUCCCACUCAGCAGAGAGCCAGCUCCCUCAGAUCUGCUCCAUCUGCAGCCACAGCUUCUCCACUCCCUCCGAGCUCUUCGAGCACAGGAAGUCUCACGUCUCCAAUAAACGCUAUAUCUGCCAGCAGUGCGGCGAAGGCUUCGACACGCUGCUGGCACGCUCCCAACACAGACAGAUGCACAAAGUGAAGAGUCAGUUCAAGUGUCCACAUUGUGAGAAAACAUACACUCGGAGGUCUGACGUGAAGAGGCACCUGUCCACCCACACCGGGGAGCGACCGUACCAGUGUACCCAGUGCAGCAAACGCUUCUCGCUGCGCUUCAUGCUGAUCAAACACCUCCGUGUUCACACCGGCGAGCGGCCCUUCCAGUGCUCCCACUGCCCCAAGAGGUUCACCCUGGUGUCGGUGCUGGCCCGCCACGAGAGGAUGCACACUGGGGAGAAACCCUUCCUCUGCUCCCAGUGUGGGAAGAGCUUCUUAUCCCAGGGAGAGCUCUCCAAACACCACCGGUCCCACGUGGACGACCGGCCCUACUCCUGCCCCCAGUGUGACAAACGCUUCAAGAGCAAGAAAACCCAGCAGGAGCACAUCGUGACCCACACGGGGGCGCGGCCCUACCCCUGCUCCUACUGCGGCAAGGGCUUCACCAAACCCUACGCGCUCACCAGACACAACCUGAUCCACACCGGAGAGAGGCCGUUCCCCUGCGGACACUGUGAGAAGUCCUUCCUCACCCUCAGCGAGGCGCAGCUGCACCAGCGCAUGCACACCGGGGAGAGACCCUACGGCUGCAACACCUGCCAGCUCAAGUUCAAGAGCUCGUCGGAGCUCGCCAGACACAAGAGGAGCCACUCGGGGCUGAAGCCGCCGAAGCCACACUGUGACAAGUGCAUGAAGACGUUCACGUCCAAGGCCAAGCUGAAGAAACACAUGGAGAAACACGUGGAGGAGACCAAAGCUGAGGACUCUAUACAAGCUGAGGAAUCACAUCACGGACAUCCAACCAGUUAAAUCAUGGAGCUUUACCAAACUGAACAAUUCUGAUCAGGAGAGAAACUUGAAUUGGCUACAUGUCAUGACUAUACUGACUUUAUUAUCUGUAGAGAAAUAGUUCUUGUCUUGUUGCAUCCUUCACCCUUUGAGUCAGUUACUCUGAUGAAUCAUUUUCACACAUCUCUCUUUUAUACGUGCAGCUUUACUUUCUCCACUUUGCUUUGAAGUUUGCAACAGGAGAGUUACAAUUAUGUCUAAGUCAUUAAAAAUAGUUUGUUUCAAAUGGAAAUCACUGGUGAACAGAAUUGUUCAAUAAAAGGCAUUUUU